CAGAAAUAGAACUUUCAGACUCUGCAAUCGAAGACAUUCAGGACACGUUGAUUGUUUCUAUGGACGAAUAGAAUUGACUUCCAUGGAUUUAGGAAUUUGAAGUGAUUGUGGUUCAGUUUCGUUGUUUGAAUUUUGGUAGAAGGCGGUAGGGUUUCGAUGGAGCGUUUUCUGUUUUUGGUAAUACUGUUAUUGGCGUCGGGGAAGUGCGAGUCGUGGAUCUGGUUCUCGUCUUCUUCGUCUUCGGACUCUGCGAUGGGGAGUUUUAAGCGAAUUGAGGGUGGAACUGUGGCGGAAUUUUCGAUGGAGGGUUUCGAUGACCAAAAAGGGGUGAGGCGAAUUGAGAAUGCGAAGAACAAAUUGACUGCCUCUAAUUCUUGCUGGGAGAGUGCUUAUAGGCAUUUAUUUGCGGGCUGCUCGGAGAUUUUUGCAGCGGAUGAGAAGCGGUCGAGAUUCGCUUGGCAUCUUAGCGAUUGCUUUCAGAAGGACUCUGGCAGGCCUCCUUUUCCUUCUUGUGACCCGAAAUCCGCCAUGUCCAAAUGCCUCAAAUACUUGAAUGAGCAUGAGCAUAGGAUCUACCUUGAGUUCUACCUUGAAACCAACUCCAUUUGUCAUCAGCUACAGGCUCAUGCUUUCAAGCAUGACACAGAGAGGCUGGUGAAUGAAUUGAAGAGAUCUUCCGAAGCUGUAGAAGGAAAGUUAGAAACCAUUGAGGAAAAAUCAGAAUCUCUGCUGCAAAAUUCAUAUCAAAUUUUUGAUUCAUUGAACUCCACUGGUGUUCAAAUACAACAAAUGGUUCAAACAUCAAGGAAACUAGAAGAUCACAUGGGUGUUGUGCUAAAACACUCGGAAGCAGUUUAUGAACAAACCAAGAAGAUAGAGACAUCCCAGUCAGAACUUCAAGAAGGUCAGUUAAGACUGAGGAGAAGUUUGGAGGAAGGGAUGGAAAUGCUUCAGGAUUCCUACAGUAAUCUCAGCCGAGAGAUGGAUGGUUUACGAGACGAAGCCAUGGAGAUUGAAAAGGAGAUUACCAAAGUGGGAGAUGCAAUGUUUUCCAAGAUGAAAUACCUGCAGAGCACAGCUGAUGAUAUUGGGAACAUGGCAGGCCUGUCAUUGGACAAACAACAAGAACUUCUAGAUGCUCAAUCCACAGCACUCAAUGGUCUUCAUUCUUUAAGCAAAGUUCAAUCUGAAGCACUAGAGGAAAGCAGGAGUAAGCUGCAAGACUUAGCUGAAUAUGGCCACAGACAGCAGGAGGAGCUUCUUCAACGACAAGGACAGCUUCAACAACUUCAUGAUCGUUUAAUGGAAAACUCGAAAACAAUCUUGGAAGCCCAGCAAUCAUUUGAGUCAAAACAAGCAAACAUGUUCAUUGCUUUAGAGAAACUCUUCACCUUGCACAACGCAAUGUUGCUCGAAUCUCGACUAAUCAAAGUCUUCUUCAUUUACUUCACUUCAGUCUUUAUCAUCUACAUGUUUAGUAGCACCAAGCAAACUUACACCGUCAGGCCCUGGCUAUAUAUUGAGCUUUGUGCUUCAUUCUUGAUCGAAGUAGCAAUACUUCGGGUCGAGGUGUUUGAUACAGAACAGAGAACAUGGAUCGUAAGCGUGGUUCGGACAGCGUUUCUACUUGCUGCUUCUCUUCAGCUUCUACAUGCCAUUUUCACGUACAGAGACUACGACGUUUUGAACCAUCACAUGCUGCUAAUGUUAAUGGAAAAGAUCAAUGGAAUGGAGACACCAAAUAAGUUGUGUUGGGAGAGUGAUAGUGAGGUGAACUGGUCAUCGUGGAUUGACACUGAAUUAUCUGAAGAUAAUGUUGAAGAUCCUGAUUUUGUGCUUCCAGAGGAAGUGGGAGAGAACUCAAUCACAACUGCUUUUACCACAAGAAGGUACAAUCUUCGCCGUCGUCCACUUCGUUACUAAUUUUAUCUCUUUUAUAAGCAGUGGCUAUUCCUAAAAGUACUUUUGAGUUUACUUUAUUAUAAGUUAAAAUGAUGGUUUCUAUUUUCUGCUUACAUAUAGGAAUGUAAUGUUGUAUGUACAAUUUUUACAGAAAAAAAAAAAAGUAAUGGUAUAAAAGAUGGCAAAAUGUUUGUUCAUCUCUCUCUCUCUCUUU